CGCUCCUCCCGCGCGAACCACACGCGAGGCCGUGCGUUCCCCCCCCCCCCCCCCCCCAUGGCCUCUUCUGUGUUCUCCCCGCUGUUCCCCUCGCUCCGGCUGCCCGCCCCGGGUUCGCGCUCUCUUCCUGCUCCGCACGCUGUGCCGUCGACUGACAACGCCGUCCCUCGGUCGGCGCCUCUCGUCGCGGUUGCCAGCCACAGGAGGGAGCUGGUGCUAGGGGCGGCGCUGAGCGCGCUGCUCUCGAGGGCGCCGCUGCCCGCCAAGGCGCGCGAGGUCGAGGUCGGCACGUACCUGCUGCCGGCGCCGUCCAACCCGGGUUUCGUCUUCUUCCAGGCCACCCCCAAGGACACCCCUGCCCUCCGCGCCGGCAAUGUGCAACCAUACGAGUUCAUCCUGCCGCCCAGCUGGAAGCAGACGCGCGUGGCCAACAUCCUGUCCGGGAACUACUGCCAGCCCAAGUGCGCCGAGCCGUGGGUGGAGGUGAAGUUCGAGGACGAGAAGCAGGGCAAGGUGCAGGUGGUGGCCUCGCCGCUGAUCCGCCUGACCAACAAGCCCAACGCCACGAUUGAGGACAUCGGCAGCCCCGAGAGGCUGAUCGCCUCCCUGGGGCCAUUCGUCACAGGGAACACCUUCGACUCCGACGAGCUUAUCGACACCAACGUCAAAAAAAUCGACGGGCAAACUUACUACAGCUACGUGCUGGAGACUCCACUGGCACUGACCGGUUCUCACAAUCUAGCAAAGGCCACCGCCAAGGGGAACACGGUGGUGCUGUUCGUCGCAAGCGCCAACGACAAGCAGUGGUCGUCGUCGCAGAAGGUUCUGAAGGCCAUAGUGGACUCAUUUCAAGUAUGAUCGCAGUAAGUUCAAUUUGUGAGAUAGUUGGUUUGGGUGAUCAAUUUUUGGCAACAUCAGGCCUUUUGAGGUGAGUUGCUUAUAUGAGGUACUCUGACAAGGCCAACUACUGGUUUUUGAGGCUUGGAAAGUGGAGUGAAGAACGAUUUUCUAUCGAGUUACUAUGAUGGCAUUGCUGUUCAUAGCUUAUUGGAGAGGAGAGGUUAAAUGUACACAGUGAUGAUGAACAGAUUGUUUUCGAUACAACUGUAGGUUAUAAUCAGCUUACGCUGGUAAGUUGUAAGUGUGAUUAUGUGACUCCUUUAUUGUCACUUUAUAUGCAUGCGUGCAGUCAUAGAAGGGCUAACAUAUA